UUUUGUAGUUUCACGGAGCCAAGAGCGGCGCUGAAGGCUCCGUGAAACUACAAGGCGACUCAUCUCAUCGGCACCAACAUGUCUGAUGAAAUGGCAAAAGCUCAGGUUGCCCAGCCGGGCGGAGACACGAUAUUUGGAAAAAUCAUACGCAAAGAGAUCCCCGCCACGCUUCUGUAUGAAGAUGACCAGUGUGUGGCCUUCCCUGAUAUCUCACCUCAAGCUCCCACUCACAUCCUUGUCGUCCCAAAAAAGCCAAUUGUUCAACUGUCACAAGCGGAGGAUAGUGAUGCUGCAUUGUUGGGCCACUUGAUGAUUGUUGCAAAGAAGUGUGCUCAAGAGGCGGGCCUGUCUAAAGGCUACAGGAUUGUCGUCAAUGAUGGGCCAGAGGGAGGCCAGUCGGUCUACCAUCUCCACGUUCACGUCCUGGGCGGACGCAUGUUGGCGUGGCCCCCCGGCUAACCUCAGGUCGCCCCGCACACAGACCAUCCUGCCAUCAGUAUUCACGUCUGUUGUCAAACAACCAGUACUGUUCACUUUCGACUAAACCAUGGGAAGUAUAAAACCUGGAAAUUGAUCAAUGAUAAUAAAAAGCACUUCACAACAA